GGCCACCCUCUCCUGCGGCUGAUUGCUCGCUCACUCAUCCUCGCCUCUCUCUUCACCUCCCGCUGGGCACCUCGCCGCCAACCUUGUUGGCAUCUUUCCGUGCUCUCUCGUUAGGUCUGUAAUAGCAGGGACAUGUCCCGCGAGCUACAGGACGUGGACCUCGCCGAGGUGAAGCCUCUAGUGGAAAAAGGGGAGACCAUCACUGGCCUCCUGCAAGAGUUCGAUGUCCAGGAGCAGGACAUUGAGACUCUCCAUGGCUCCCUGCAUGUCACACUGUGUGGAACCCCCAAGGGCAACCGUCCAGUCAUUCUCACGUAUCACGACAUUGGCAUGAACCACAAGACCUGCUACAACCCUCUCUUCAACUCUGAGGACAUGCAGGAGAUCACACAACAUUUUGCUGUCUGCCACGUGGAUGCCCCUGGGCAACAGGAUGGUGCCCCUUCCUUUCCAGUGGGGUACAUGUACCCCUCAAUGGAUCAGCUGGCUGAAAUGCUUCCUGGAGUCCUUCACCAGUUUGGGCUCAAGAGUGUCAUUGGCAUGGGGACAGGAGCUGGCGCAUACAUCCUGACCCGCUUUGCACUCAACAACCCUGAGAUGGUGGAGGGCCUCGUGCUCAUGAAUGUGAACCCCUGUGCAGAAGGCUGGAUGGACUGGGCUGCUUCCAAGAUCUCAGGAUGGACCCAAGCCCUGCCAGACAUGGUCGUGUCCCACCUCUUCGGCAAGGAGGAGAUGCACAACAACGUGGAGGUGGUGCACACAUACCGCCAGCACAUCCUCAAUGAUAUGAACCCCAGCAACCUACACCUAUUCAUCAGCGCCUACAACAGCCGGCGGGACCUGGAGAUUGAGCGGCCAAUGCCUGGAACCCACACCGUCACCCUGCAGUGCCCUGCUCUGCUGGUGGUUGGGGACAACUCUCCUGCCGUGGAUGCUGUGGUGGAAUGCAACUCCAAGUUGGACCCCACAAAGACCACCCUGCUCAAGAUGGCAGACUGUGGCGGCCUCCCGCAGAUCUCUCAGCCCGCUAAGCUUGCUGAGGCCUUCAAGUACUUUGUGCAAGGCAUGGGAUACAUGCCCUCUGCCAGCAUGACCCGCCUGAUGCGGUCCCGCACAGCCUCUGGAUCCAGCGUCACAUCCCUGGAGGGCCCCCGCAGUCGCUCCCAUACCAGCGAGGGUCCCCGCAGCCGCUCACACACCAGCGAGGGGUCCCGGAGCCGCUCCCAUACCAGUGAAGAUGCCCGUCUCAACAUCACCCCUAACUCGGGUGCCACUGGGAACAAUGCCGGGCCCAAGUCGAUGGAGGUGUCCUGCUAGGCAGUCUGCGCAUCAGUCGUCCUGGACUGGUGGGCUCUCCCUUAGCACCCAACCCCUGCCUGCCACCCUGCGCUAAUGCGGUAUUAAUCCAAAGCUGCUUUUGUACAAAUGAACUCUGGCGGUGGCAGACCCAAGCUGUUCAGGCGGCUGCCUGGGACCAGAGUGGGUGGUGGUGGACAAAGGCAAGAAGCAGUUCAAAGUUGUGUUCUGCUAGCAAGUGGCCCGGUGGCCCCUCUCUCUAUCCUCAGACACCAAACUGCCAAAACUAAGAAAAACAGAGCUGUAACACUGCCUGGCCCCGAGCCCAGGCUGAGCCAGCAUCCUGGUUCUCGGCAUUUUGCCAGCCCCGCCCCCCUGCUUCCUGUUUCCUCCCCACUAAAAAUCAUUCCUGGAAACAAACUUAUUUCUGAUUUGAAAGGGGAGAGAGGCAGGGAAGUUGGGCGCCUUAUUUUAAGAAGGAAAAACAAGAUGAGGAGGGAAAGAGGCGGGAUCUAGGGUAGGUAGAAGAAACCAAGUCCACACAGUUCACUGGAAGGAACUGGAUUUAAAGUUCUGGAUGCCAAAACCCACAGCCUGUUUUUCUGACAACCUUUUAAUUUGCAGGGAAGACUGGUUAAAAAAAAAAAAAGUUCGGGCUAUGUAAAGAAAACGAUCCAGCAAAUAUUGGGUGUCAUAGUGGUUUAAGACUCCCUGCCCCAUAGCCUAUCUGCCCUACUGUCCUUGGCUCCCAUCCCACAGUGUGAAUGAGUGGGUAACUCCUUUGUCCCCGGGGAAGGUGGUUUUGAUUUGUAGUUGCAUUCCUUGAGACAGAGAACUCAACAGGUGACAAUGAUCCUUGUCUGGGAUGAGUCUCUAGGCUGGGAAGGGCUGGGGUUGCAGUAGGCAUAGGAUUGGGUGAUUAAUAGAAGAACCCAAGCGCUAGAACCUGGUGGGCAUGAUUUCAGUGAACACUAGCCUGUGAGCUGGAAUCUUGUGUGACCGAGUCAAGCCUCGUCUCCCAUUGUUGACAUCUGGGGUUGGCUCUAAACUUGAUAGCUAAAUGGCUCUCAACUGGCCCAUUGCUGGUUCUUCAGAGUGAACCAUGUACUCUGGUGGGGGAUGGGCUGAGAAGGUGGUUCCAGAAGCUGUACAUUCCAUGGGAACUCACUCGCCUCUCCUGCGGCCCCCUCUUCCUGCCCCUCCUGCUGACUGGGUUAGUGACGAUGCCAGCCUAGUGCCCACGCCCUGUGCUACUGUCUUUUGAUUCUCACCAUGGCUAACUGUGGACUUCCCUAUAGGAAAUGUGGUCAGAUUAGACUGUUGGAAGUCAGUUAUCAAGGCCUGGUGAGUUCCAGGAUCUUGGACUUGCUAAAGGAAAGUAGUCACGCCCUAUAGCCGGCAUGGGAGGCAAGGACCAAUUUACCCACCAACUCCUACCAUGGAAGCUUCCUCCAGCCUUGUAGAGAAAGAUCAGGGAUCCAGACCAGGGUGCCUGAAUGAGGACAAGAAACCAUUGUACACGUCUUUCCAGGGCAGUUUCUUAAUGAGAUGUUUGUAUUUAUUUCCAGACCAAUAAAUUUGUAACUUUGCA